AUGGACCCGGUGCUAGUCAGCAAUGAAACCAACACUGCUGGCAUUUCCGCCACCUUCGUCAGCAUGAAGAUGACCAUGUUCUUUAGAAGUUGCACGGCUAUCAGACCGUGGACCAAGACCAACUACCGCGUGUGUCCAUAUCUUCCCGACUCGCUGUACGCAGUCAUUAUAGGGAACGAAUCAGCUUGUUUAGUAGAUUUUCGAACUGAAGAGUUCGAAGAUGUGGCUAUGCUUGCGAUAGUUGUCAAGGUAGCAAGAUUUAGCCCGUGUAACCAACCAAGGCCUUCCCCGGCUUUCUCCUUUAGUAGUGCGAAGAAGUCCAGAAUAACAGGGAGUAAUCCAAACGGCUUGGCUAAGGCUAUUAAGCAUUUCUUGUACCAUUCCAUUGUUUGUAUGAUUUAUGGCAGAUGGAAUAUUGCUUGUAAGGCUGUAGCCACAGAGUUACUGAAUAUAAUCUUUGUCUGCCAGCUUAAGCUUGUAUUUCAGGUCUUGGAUCAGAAAGUCUGGAGUUUCACACGAUGGGUCUGGUAA